AUGUCAGCUGUCUCAGUAAGAGCGAGACUGCAGCUUGUCAGAGAUUACAAGCCUCACAAAGAUGUCCAGCAUCUCAGAAUUCUGCUUUAUGGACCACCAGGUGCUGGAAAGUCCAGCUUCAUCAACUCUGUGGACAGUGCUUUAAGAGGCAAAAUUGCAACUCGAGCUUCGGCAGCAGCAAACUCUGGCGAUAGUUUCACCAUUGCAUGCAGAACAUAUAAAAUUCAGAGAGAAGACAAGAACUUUUACUCUUUUGUCUUCAAUGACACCAUGGGGCUUGAGAGGGGCGCUGAGAGAGGAAUUCAUGUAGAAGACAUCAAACUUGCCAUUAGUGGACAUGUCAAAGAAGGUUACACGCAACCUCCUACUUUAGAUGACAAAGCCCACAUUCUGGUUUUAGUCAUUCGUGCUGACUCAGUGAGCAUAAUCGAUGAUAAAACUGUGAUGAAGAUGAAAGAUGUCAGAGCAGCAGCUCGUGACAAAGGCAUCCCACAAAUAGCUCUCAUCACUAAAAUUGAUGAAGCCUGUCCUGAAGUCAAAAAAGACAUAAAGAACGCCUACAGGAGCAAACACUUGAAUCAGCUGAUGGAAACAGCAAGCAUGAACCUGGGUAUUCCACUGAACUGCAUCUUCCUCGUAAAGAACUACCACAAAGAAACUGAUACGAAUAACGAUGUGGAUUCACUGAUACUGAGUGUCCUGAAAAAGAUCAUUGACUAUGGAGAGGACUACCUGAAUGACCAGAAUGAUCCUGACCUAUAAUCAGUGUGUGAGGGAGAUAGAAAAUGAAAAUGUUCAGUUACUAUUCAGGUGAUUUUGCUUUGCCAUCGUUACAAUCACAGUCACAAAAAAGUCAAUUUCAUCAGAAACUUCAUCCUACUGAUUUUUGUCUUGUUCUUAUUUCCCUUGUCUUUUUUCUUUUGCAAAUUAAAUCCAAAUAACUUUCACAGAAAUCAAUACUUGUAUAUAUGUAUGUAAUGUACUUUUUGCUAUUUACUGAUUAUUCAAAAUUUUAACAGUAGGAAAAUUGACACAUAUGCCUGUAACCUGUUGUCUUGUGUGUAGUUCAAAUACAUUAUUUCAACACUCAAUGUGAAACUGUCCUCU